AUGAACAAUAAAAAUCUCGAACAACUUUUAGAUAUUAAUAAGUUACUUUCUACAACACCACCUCCUAAUAUUCAUUCUGUUCGAGCUUAUGUUUUAAAUAUUAAUAUAUCCGAUAUUUUUUCUAUUACUUUUGAUACACCCUAUGAAACACUUCCUACAUUAACCAAAAUUGAUAAUACUUCUGAAAAAAUCCUUCAUUUGCAAUAUUCACACUUAACUUCUGCAGUUAUCUUUUCUAAUGGAGAUUGUUUAUUAAAUUCUAUAUCUCUAAUCUUUAAUGCAAACCAAACUUUGGCAUUACAAUUUAGACUAGCUAUGAUUGUAGAAUUAAUAAAAUUUUCAGAUUUUUAUCUUAGUCAAAAAAUUUUUAAAGAAGAUUAUUAUUUUUCUGAUGCAGCUUUAAAUUCGGUUAAAAAUUCAGAUAUGCCAAUUACGUAUAAUAAAGAAAGAGAAUAUAUUGGUAAAAUUGCUUAUAUGUCUAAGCCACAUCGAUUUUGCUUAAUUAUUGGAUUAUAUGACUUGGCAUCAGAUAAAAAACUACGAAAUCAUCCAAAAGUUGGUAAAAUUAUUACUCGUAAUGAAGUUCAAUGUAAAUGUAAAAAGAUAAUCAAAUUGCAUCAUGCUUACAAUCCAAAAAAUUUAGAAAAAUACAAUCAAACUAGCAACUGUUUAUUAACAAAAGGAAUCCGUUCACUUACAAGCUAUUUUACAAAUUUUACAAAAUCAAAACAAUUUUCAUGUAUUGGAUUAAGAGACAAAGAGCAUUUAAAAUAUUUACAAAGAAUUGGCGGAAUUAUUUAUUAUGGUGGAGCACCAUGUAUUGAAGUAUUAGCAAAAGAAUUAUUUCCAAAAAAGUUUGACAAAGAUUUCAAUUGGAAAAGAUUGACAAAUAAUGAAAAAAAUAAGUUGGAAAAUGAAUUAACUGCAAGAGCAAAAUGGCGUAAUGAUUUUAAUUCUAAUUGCAUCUAA